UCACAACAGAUUUCUGACGAACCGGAAAAGCGGGCCGGCUGAAGCCAUAAAACUUAUCGAAUCUGCCCUUGUUCGGGAAGCCGAGACCAGCCCUAAGCCCUCUUCUCGUCGUCGGCGACGCCGCAGUCAGUUACAUCGGCGGCCUCGAAACUCGACCAGGUGCCACUUGUUGCAGGAGUCGGCUCAUCUUCUGCAGUGUGUUCCGAGAGUCUCUCCUCUAAAAGCGAUUCCGUGUUCCUAUCCCACCCGUGCUAGGCUGUGGCGCAUCACCUGUGUCUUUGGGAAGGACGAUUAAGGAUCAAAAUGGAUGGGGAAGAGCUUACUGCACAACAAACAGCCCUAUAUGACCGCCAAAUUCGAGUCUGGGGGGUUGAUGCUCAGAAAAGGUUAAGCAAGGCUCAGAUACUCGUCAGUGGAUUGAAUGGCACAUCGGUUGAGUUCUGCAAGAAUAUUGUUCUAGCAGGAGUAGGGAGUUUGACACUGAUGGAUGAUCGUUUAGUGACAGAGGAUGCACUUCAAGCUAAUUUCUUGAUUCCACGGGAUGAGACUGUAUAUAGUGGUAGAUCCCUUUCUGAACUAUGUUGUGAAUCUUUAAGAGAUUUCAACCCUAUGGUCCGUGUUUUAGCAGAAAAAGGUGAUUUGGCACAAUGUGAAAUGGAGUUUCUUGACAAGUUUGAUGUUGUAGUUGUUACUGGCUGUUCACUCAAAACUAAGAUAGAAAUCAAUGAGAAAUGUCGUAAAAGAGCCAAGCGAAUUGCAUUUUAUGCAAUUGAAUGCCGAGAUUCCUGUGGUGAAAUUUUUGUUGACCUGCAGAACUACACCUAUGCACAGAAAAAGUCUGAUGGUACUGCUGAAUGUCAUUUGAGUUAUCCAAGUCUUGAGGAUGCAAUUUUAAUACCAUGGAGGAAUCUUCCUAGGAAAGUGAGCAAAUUGUACUUUGCUAUGAGAGUAAUAGAGAAGUUUGAAUUAUCCGAAGGACGUAAUCCUGGUGAAUUGUCUAAUUUUGAUCUUCCUGCUGUUUUGAAGCAGAGGAAAGAGCUAUGUGAUGCUCAGUCCUUGAAUGAGUCACAUGUUCCUGAAACACUUCUGGAAAGGAUACUAGUUGCUGGGCCAAUGUUAUAUCCACCUGUAUGCCCGAUACUUGGUGGAAUUCUUGGUCAGGAAGUGAUCAAGGCAAUAUCUGGCAAAGGUGACCCACUCAAAAAUUUCUUCUACUUCGAUGCUGCUGAUGGAAAGGGAGUGAUCGAGGAUAUCUCCAACCCCUCCUCGAUCUGAUAUCCUCUAAGACAGAAGAUUGGUUGUCGUGUUAAUUUGAAGUCCUAAUGCUCCAAUGUACUAGUCAUAUGUCAUGUGACUUGGAGUUCUCUUUUCCAAAUUUCACUGUUUUUUCCAAAUGUCAUGCGCCAAGUGCAUAUGAUAAUCCUGUACACUGAUGGUAUUAGACUGAUGUAUCUGUUGUUUCUGUGCUAUGUCGAUUUUGCUCGAA